AGAGAAAUCCCAAAAAAAUAACAAGUCUUAUGGAGACGAUUGAGCAACAAAAACAUUCACUCUCUUCUUUGCCUAUGCUCUCUAGGCUUGAACACUUGGAUUUCGUUAUAAAGAAUCUAGAGAGACAACAAAACCUUCCGAAAUGGAAAGACGAAAGCGCGCCUACCACGCGUGGGUUAAUCGAUAGAGGCACGGCGAUUAGAGAAGCGUAUUUCAAAGGAUCGUUACUAGAUCGAAUCGCGGCUUUGGAGACCAGACUUUUUCAGAUAUGUUUGGAGUUGGAAUCGAGCAGUGGAUCUUCUACUUCAACUGGAGGGUCUGGUGAAACAUCAAGCCAAAGGAUUAAGAGAGAUUUGACAAAGACAUUACCCAUUUUCAGUAGCAACAUUAAUCCUUUUCAUGUCCCCUUACAACAUCCACAAGACCUUCGGGAGAUGGAGGAGAAGAUUGAGGAAGAGAAAGAAGAAGAGAUCAAUGUAGAGAAGCCAUUACUGGAGAAGAAAAAUAAGAAGACUAAAAAGAAUGAUGCUAAUGAAACUUGCAAACCAAAGAAGAAGAAGACAAAAUCUCCCAAGAAAUGGUCUCGUUUUAGCUUAUUGGGCUGCUAAUUUUAUCUAAAAUUUCAUGGACUAUGCAUUAUUUCGUAUUUGUUUAAAUCUAAGUUUUUCUUUACCCAUCAAACUUUAGGAUUGUCGAGUUUUGCUUAAACUCUUUUUUUAUUGCUGUG